AUGUCCUCCUUCACGUCCCUCUCGCUGCGCCCGACGCCCCUGGUCACUUUCAACAUCGCGACCCCCAGCCGCACCCUCGACGCGGUAUCGCGGAGCCGCCAGUUCAACAUCCAUGUCCUCAGCGGGGAUGUAGCUGGCGCCAGGGUGGCCGAGUGGUUCCGCAAGGGCAACGCCGACGACCUGCGCGUCUUCGAGGCUGACAAGCUGAGGGAUGAGUGUGGCUGCGAGGUUGUCACUGCAGAGAAGUCAGGGGAUGGGGCGGCACCGUUGUUGAAGGGUCCCGGUGUGCUCUUUGCGCUGCGGUGUAGCCUCCUGGGCGAUGAGCCGGCCAGGGGUCUGGUGAGGGUGAGGGAUCACGUCAUCGUGCUGGCGGAGAUUGUCGACAUCGUCGAGGGCGAGGGCGAGAAGUCAGAGCCAGGACCGUUCGCGCUGGCAUAUGCUGAUAGACUGUAUAGACAGCUUGGGUCUACGAUGGCUUUGGUCGAGGAUUAG